AUGGGAAGAGAAGAUCAAAUUGAGGAGAGGGAGGUCCUCGACAGUAUUUUUCCAGAGGAAAUUCAUGAUAUAUCAGAGACGGAAUAUCGAGUUUCGAUUCUACUCGACGUGACAAACCAAGAUGGCGAUGAAACAGAACCUCCGACGAUGCUUCUACAAGUGAAAUACCCAGAAGAAUAUCCCGAAGAACCACCUAUUCUAGAUUUACUACCAACUCCGAAUGCGCCUAUUCAUCCAUUUUUCAGUGUCGCAAAUGAUAAACAAAUUCUCCUUGAUGGACUGGCGGAAACAAUUGAGGAGAAUAUGGGAAUGGCUAUGAUCUUCACAUUGGUCUCUACUCUGAAAGAAAACGCAGAGCAACUUAUUGCGCAAAGACAGGAAGCAAAGGAAAAGGAACACGAGCAGAAAUUGUUGGCGGUAGAGGCCGAGGAAAAUAAGAAGUUCCAUGGAGAGCCGGUUACGAGAGAGUCAUUUAUGAAGUGGAGAGAGGGGUUCCAAAAGGAGAUGGAAGAAAUUAAGGUCAAGGAAGAAGCAGAGGAAGAAGCGGCAGAGAAAAAGAAGAAUAAGGGGAAGGAAGCUGUUAUUGCGCUUACUGGAAGACAGCUUUGGGAGAGAGGUAUGGCUGGAAAGGUUGAGGAGGAUGAGGACUAUGAUGAUGUACCUAUUGAGGGUGUGGAUAAGUUGAAGGUUGAAGCAUGA